AAAUUACAUCAGUGUGAAAAGAAAUUUUGAUAGUGUGUGUUAAUAAUUAAAAUGGCGAUUUGAGAAUCAUAUUCUUGAGUGUUAUUAUAUUAUUUGCGUAAAAUAUUGAUAGAAGACUUCAAAUAGUCGUUUUUAUACAGCAGUGUUGAAUAUUUAGUUGAGUUUACCAUGCGUUCAGUAGUAGAAAUUGGGGCCAGUGUGCCUGCGUUUCUAGGAAAAUUAUGGAAACUGGUCAACGAUACAGAGACCAAUCAUCUGAUUUCCUGGAGCCCUGGCGGGAAAACAUUUGUCAUAAAAAACCAGGCAGACUUUGCAAGAGAACUCUUACCUUUAUAUUACAAACAUAACAAUAUGGCAAGCUUCAUUAGGCAGUUGAAUAUGUAUGGAUUUCAUAAGAUUACUUCUGUGGAAAAUGGUGGCUUACGAUAUGAAAAGGACGAAAUAGAAUUCUCACACCCUUGCUUCAUGAAAGGACAUGCAUAUCUUUUAGAACACAUUAAAAGAAAGAUUGCCAACCCAAAGUCAAUAGUAACUAGCAAUGAAAGCGGAGAGAAAGUACUUCUGAAACCAGAGCUGAUGAACAAAGUGCUGUCUGAUGUGAAACAAAUGAAAGGCAAGCAGGAGAGUCUGGAUGCCAAGUUCAGUGCCAUGAAACAGGAAAAUGAAGCUUUGUGGAGAGAAGUUGCUAUUCUGAGACAGAAGCACAUAAAACAACAGCAAAUUGUUAACAAUCUUAUUCAAUUCCUUAUGUCACUGGUUCAACCAACUAGGCCACCCAAUGCAACUGGAAACAAUGUGGGAGUAAAGAGACCAUACCAAUUGAUGAUCAACAGUGCAGCACACAAUUCUGGUACAGAUGGAUCUUACCCCGGUAGAUCAAAGAACAUGAAAUUAGACAGAGAUAAUUUAUUGGAUGAGUUAAAUGAGGAUAAUUUGGAGGAUGGACCUACCAUUCAUGAGCUGGCACAUGAUGAUAUCAUGCACAAUGAAAACACUCAGGACUCCAUGCCUGGAAACGAUUUCAUCACAGUGGAUAUACCUAACAUGACAAAUGCUACCACCAGCCAUAGCCCAAAUGACCCCUCUGCCUCCAUAUACCAUGUCACAAUGGAAGAUGGGGAUGAUGCUGAAACAGGUGCAAACCGAUUGGUAUAUCCAGUAGCACGUAACAAUGGUAUGAAUAGGACACCAGAAAGCAUGCCAAUCAUUACAUCAGCAUCUCCAACACCACUCGCAACUUCUUCAAUGGACCAGAAUGGAUUAGAUCAAGUUGUAAACAAUGUGAUGGGCUCACCGUCACCAAUCGUUGUAAAAGUUGAGGGACACGUGCCAACUAAGACGAAAGGUCGUACCAAUCCUGCAAAUAAGAGUACUGUUACAUCUGCAGGCAAAAGUCUAUCAUCAGGAAACUACAACACAUUAAACCCAUCAGCUGACUUGAAACUGCCAGCAGAAAUCUUUGCCAGUGAUGAUUCAGUCAGCGAUGCUGGAGUAGCGGCUGCUGAUGACCUUAACAUGCAAAAUGCACUCCAAGAUUUAGUUGAUGAGUCCCUACUAUCCACAUCAAAGGAUAAAAUGCUUGGUGGUAUCAAUAUUAAAGUAGAAAGGCUAGGAGAACCAUUAAAAGCUAAUAGGAAAUCUAAGAAAGGUAACAAAAGUACUGAAAACACCUUGAAUUUGGCUGAUAUUAAAACGGAAUUCCAGGAUGACUUUGAUUGGAACAAUAUGACUCUAGCAACUGUCAACAAUAACACUAAUAGGUUCCAGACAAGGAAUAGGAGAGAUAACCUCAGCAAAAAUCGGGAGGAAUAUUCUUCCCUCUUUGGAACAAAUUCAAACAAGAAUGAUAUUGAUGAUCAUUUGGAUGCUAUGCAAACAGACCUUGAAUCGCUAAGAGACCUGCUACGAAGUGACAGCUACGCAUUUGACACCAAUACGUUGUUGGGGACUCCUGAUGCAAGAAUAUUACCUUCGAUGUCUCUCGCUAUUCCUUCCUGUCAGCCUACAUCAAAUAAUUAUCUAUUUGGGUCUGAUGACCCCUUCUACGGCCUGCCCUAUAACUCGAUGGAAGACAGGGCAAAAUCUGCUAAUAAUGCAAAGAAGCAGAAAGGUGAGAUUUCGAAUGUAAGCAGUGACGACACUCGCGUCCAGAACCUGUUUACUGAGGAUAAUGUUGAAGGGAAUCAGCUAAUCUCGUAUACAGGGAAUAUUCCAGACUUUGAGGAUAUAAACAUGCCAGAUCUGGAGUGCGAUAAUUCUCAGGAGCCUUGCGUGUUACCCAGUCCCAGCAGCUCGACGCUAAACACGCCGCAGAUGCAGAUACGAUCGCCCUCCUUUACUCUGAAACCAUGAGGAAAGCCUAAAAAACGGCGACACAAGAAGAAACGUUCGUCCAAACAGUGAAAUUCUUAAUAUUUCACUUUAGUUAAACUUGUGUGUGACUGACUUUUAUAACUGAUUAGUGUAGUCUAUACAUGUAGCCGAGAAAGAAAAACAAAAAUAAGAUAUACAAUUAGAUUUAGGGGCCGUCAUCACAAGUUUUCAUUGGUUUGCUAUUUAGACGAACUGAUUCAGUGAAAAUAUUUUACUAUGUAAACUUUUCAAGAAAGACCAUAAAUAAGUUUAUAGUUAUCUGCUUGGACACUGUUUUCCAUAAACAGAGCAUGAUUUAUAAUCUUCUGUUUUUCUAAAUAGAUGAACCUUUGAUUUGAUCAAGAACUUACAAAAUUUAACCAAAAAAAGAUAGGUAUAAGUUGUUUCAAGGAAUAUUGUAUCGAUUUGUAAAAUAAUGCAGCAAGAAAAGCUUUAUCUAACAUAUAUUAAUACUUUGACAUCAAUAAUAUUGAUUCGCACAUGCAACCUCAAAAUUUACUGUACGAAAUCUACACAAUAGUCUGAUGAUGGGUAUUUAUUAACUUUAAAUUAUAAUAUUCUAGUUGCCUGAAUAUAAUCUCGUAUAUUGAACAAAAACUUGAUCCAAAUAUAGGUUUUUAUAUAAUAUGGAUUUUGUAAAAUAUUAGGAUAGUAAUAUGUAUUUAUAUCUCAUGACUGAGGUUCAUUGCACAGUUCGAAUAUAAGUGCUUCUAAACAUAAUAAUUACAAGUGUAAAUGGAACUUAUCCCCACAAAAAUUAGUAAUAGAUGAUAGCAUGUGAUUUUUGCUACAAUAGCUUCGGUGCCUUAUAAGAGAUUAAUAGUUACAGUGAUGAUACAGUAUAAUGUAUCAGCGGCUCUGCAUUAUUGGUAUGUUAUAUCUGCGAGGUAAAAUAACACCAAGCUUUGUCGUGGAUCUCCGAGUACCUACGUUAUUUGGCUCAAAAAUAAUUCAAAAUAUUUGUAACACACAAAUCAUAUAAAAGAUUAACAAAAAUUGGUGGGGUUUUCCAUGCGCAGUAGAAAUUACUAAAACUUUAUCAGUAUGUUAAUACAAAAAUUUUGUUAACUGAUUACCAUGUCAGGUGUAGGGCUUUAUUUAUUUUGGUGCAAAUGAACCAUGUUUUGUUUAUUAUGUAUUUAAAUUGAGCAGUACAACUGCUUUUGUUAAAUGAUUGCACAGGGAUAUUUAAAGAAAAUAUUUACAAAAUAUAAAUUUAUGAAAGAUUUUUAUAAUGAUUCGCUCAUGUCUGUACUAUAAAAAAUCACCUAUGUUGACAGAUUAUAUACUUUGUGUAUAUAAGAUAUAAGUAUAUAAUCAUUAAUAGAUAUAAAUGUUGUGUAAGUCUUAAUUUUAGAGUGUAAAUUAACCAACCCUCCUAUUUUGCGGUACUUUUAUUAGUACACAUUACGAAUUCAGAAAAUUAGAAAGUAUUAUUAUACCUUCAUGCAUUUCCGUCGUGCUCAGAAGUAGGUAUAUGGAAUAUUAUGUAUGUUACAUAUUUAAAUAGUGUUUCUAACAUCCCACUAUGAAGCAGUGAUGUCGUAAAAAAUGUAAAUUAAUAUUUUUUUUAUAGGAAAGUUAACCAACAGAAAAGUUUAGAAUUGUACAUCUUGUAUAGGUCCUAAAUCUUUGUUCCUCCAGUUGGAAAACAGCUUCUUAUAGGUCACUGUAACUAAAUCUGAUAAGUUACGUUAUGACUUGUUAAUAUACUGCAGAACUACAUAUACUUACAAAUUAAUUAGUAUAACUGGUAUACAACCACAAUAGCAUUAGUAAUAAUUUUAUAUACCACAGCCAUUGUAUUAUAACAUUAAAAUAUGUUUAUGAACAAAGUUUGGUAAGAUUAAGGUUAAAUCAAGUAUGUAAGAAUACAUUAUCUAUGUUUAUAAUAAGGUUAUUUUUAAAUUCAAUGUAAUAAAAUAUUGAAAUUUA